AUGAAUACAUAUAUUCAAGAACGCAAAGAAAUUUUACCUAACAAAGAGCUCGAAGAAAUGAGAGAAUUUGUUGAUGGUGCAAAAUCAGAGGAAUUCAAGAUCUUUGACCCAAGAACACAAAAAAUGGUUCCCUAUGAUGAAAAAGUUCUUCGAAGAUUAUCGAUUCAUAUCAGAAAUCAAUUCUUUGAACCUCAUUUUGGAGCACAAAUUCUUGGAGUAUUUUGUGACUGUUUUGAUGAUAAUCAUUUGUGGUAUGUUCACAUUUUAAGUGGAUUAGAAUAA